AUCCCAGCCUGGUGUUGAGAGAGCCAUGACGGCGCUGCGGGGGCUCUGGCCCGAGAUGCAGGACACCUGUACCUCGCUGGGGCUGAUGCUGUCAAUCGUGCUGUUCAUGGGGCUGGCCCGCGUGGUCACCCGGCAGCAGCUGAACAGGCCCACUGCCCACGCCUUCGUCUUGGAGUUUCUGGCCACGUUCCAGCUCUGCUUCUGCACCCAUGAGCUGCAAGUGCUGAGCGAGCAGGAACCCCUGCACCCCACCUGGCCGCUGACGCUAACCUACUUCUUCUCGUUGGUGCAUGGCCUGACUCUGGUGGGCACCUCCAGCAACCCGUGCGGCGUGAUGAUGCAGAUGAUGCUGGGGGGAAUGUCCGCUGAGACGGGUGCGAUGAGGCUGUUAGCUCAGCUGAUUGGUGCCCUGUGCAGCAGGUACUGCAUGGGCGCCCUGUGGAGCCUGGGACUGACCAAGUAUCACGUCAGCGAGAGGAGCUUCGCUUGCAGGAAUCCCAUCCAAGUGGACUUGCCCAAAGCGGUCAUCAUAGAGGCCGUCUCCUCCUUUAUCUUCCACAGCGCUUUGCUGCACUUCCAGGAGGUCCGAACCAAGCUUCGUAUCCACCUGCUGUCAGCACUCAUCACCUUUUUGGUCUAUGCAGGAGGAAGUCUAACAGGAGCUGUAUUUAAUCCAGCUUUGGCACUUUCACUACAUUUCAAGUGUUUUGAUGAAGCAUUCCUUCAAUUUUUUAUAGUAUAUUGGCUGGCUCCUUCUUUAGGUAUAUUGCUGAUGAUUUUGAUGUUCAGUUUUUUCCUUCCAUGGCUGUAUAACAACCAUACAAUUAAUAAAAAGGAGUAACUAUUCUAAAAGACUAAGUUUCAGGACAGUCAAGAUGGAUGUGAUAAAGAUUUUAUCACCUAAUACUCACACACUGGCUGCACUGGAUUCGUCAAUGUUAUCUUCCUUUGAAGAAACUGCCUUAGAGUUUUCAUCACUGGGACUUAAAAAAAAAUUACUGUGAAAAUAAGGUAUCCUGUGUUUUUCAGUUAAGACUUGUUCUUUUAAGCGUGUAUUAAAUGCUGCUAGAAAAGACUCUUUAAAUAUAAAUCUCAAGUGAUAAUUGUUAAUUUUGAUGAAAAAGAAAUUGAGUACAGGGUGAGAAGGGAAGGGAAGGUGAUGGUAGGACCAAGAAAGAGUAUGUGUAUCAUGUGUCACUUGAAUGAACAAGAUUUUUAACCAAAGUACAAACAGUCAUGCUUACAAAACUGGAGAGAAGAUACUUUUCAGCCACUACCUCACACAGUGAUACCAUCAGCAGUGUCAUCUUUCAAUAGGAAAGUUGCUUUUGGAAGUAGAUUAUAUACCUACUCAUACUCAAGGGGGUUCCUGAAUUUUUUUUUUUUUAACAUCUUUAUUGAAGUUUAAUUGCCUUACAAUAGUGUGUUAGCUUCUGCUUUAUAACAAAGUGAAUCAGUUAUACAUAUACAAUAUGUUCCCAUUUCUUUCCCCUCUUGCAUCUCCCUCCCUCCCACCCUCCCCAUCCCACCCCUCUAGGUGGUCACAAAGCACCGAGCUGAUCUCCCUGUGCUGUGCGGCUGCUUCCCACUAGUUAUCUAUUUUACAUUUGGUAGUGUAUAUAUGUCCAUGACACUCUCUUACCCUGUCACAUCUCACCCCACCCCCUCCCCAUAUCCUCAAGUCCAUUCUCUAGUAGGUCUGUGUCUUUAUUCCCGUCUUGCCACUAGGUUCUUCAUGGCCUUUUUUUUUUUUUUUUUCCCUUAGAUUCCGUAUAUAUGUGUUAGCAUACUGUAUUUGUUUUUCUCUUUCUGACUUACUUCACUCUGUAUGACAGACUCUAACUCCACCCAUCUCAUUACAAAUACCUCCAUUUCAUUUCUUUUUAUGGCUGAGUAAUAUUCCAUUGUAUAUAUGUGCCACAUCUUCUUCAUCCAUUCAUCUGUCGAUGGACAUUUAGGUUGCUUCCAU